UAGAAUAUUAUAAUACCUGGUAAUCAGUUGGAAACAUUUAAGGAAUGUUCUAGUUACCUAACUAUUGACACAACUCGUCCUGGUGACUAAAACAGGUAGCAUUAUCGCUACGGCGAUUUAGUAAUAGAUAAACUAUUACAACAUCAACCCUAACUAUGUUAGACACGGUCAGUUUUAAUAGGAUAUUCGACUAAGGUCGUCGUGCAUAAAACAGAUCAUAGAACACACUGGUGCAUAUAGAAAAGUGUAAGAAGUGUAUUUAUUGGAUUAACUGUAUCCGUUUUUGAAUUUUGUAUUGGUAAUUUUAAAAUGGAGUUGCUCAAAUUAUGCUACAUUUGGAGUGUAUUGUCGCUUAUUGUAUUUCAAAGUGUGAUGGUUGGGACGGAGCAGAGUGCAUUUGAACUGCCAGUACAGUUGGUGGGGUUCCCAUUUAUAAUUAUGGCUGUUCGAAUAACGAAUUUCGUUAAGAAGCUUUCGUAUGCACUGAAUCCAGAGACGUACCGUUCUAGAAAUCGUCGUGCCCUCACUUUUGGCGGUGAAAUAACAGAACCCUAUGACCCUCAAGAUGUUGAGAAAUAUAUAAUUGGAGAAUUCGGUGCUCGAGCGUGUGUCUUUGAGCGUGUGUGUGCGCAUUAUGCUACACGUGCGCAAGCGCAGCCCCGGCCACAGAUGGAUUGGUCAACAGUAUUUAGUCAAUAUAAACAAUCCCCGGACCAAGCGAAGGAAUUGUAUUUACUAAGUGUUUUCCUUGGUGACAUCGUCGGAUCACCACAACUCUGUCACCAGCUCGGAAAGAAGAGAGGAUGCAAUGAACAUUUUUUAGAUAGACCACAAAUGUAGAAGAAUUAAUAGAAGUAUAGAGAAUUAUACAUAUGAAGGAUAGAAAAUUGAACCAUCUAUUUUUCUACAUAAAUACGAGUAUAUCGAGAGAAGAAGCGUAUUUUGUUUACUGAAGGAGACUUGAAAAUGGUCUGCUAAGAAAAUUAGAACUUCAUGUUUUAGUCAUAAUUUAAUAUAUUACGUAAUUGUAAUCCGUUCACGUAUAAAGACAAAAGCAAUUUAAAUUAUAAAUGUGAAAUAAUAUUUACAAUAAAGUAAAUUACAUAUCAGGUCUAUGGAAGUGAUUAAGCUAUUAUUUUUAAUUAGAUUUAUUAAGUUUAGUUAAUUAGAGGUUUGAGAAUUUGUUGGAUUUGGUCUUUAAAACGAGCGGUUAAAAUUAUUUUAAUUUCUGCUGUAGUUAAAAGUUGCCUUCAUUGAGUCACUUUCAAUUUUACCAGUAGUUAAUAUACAUACUUCAAAUAUCAUUUAUUUUCCAUUCGAAUAAAUACUAAUAAAAUAAUCUGUUUUUGAAAAAGUUUGUUAAAUUUAGCUUAUUAGUUGUGACAGUGAAUCCAGGUUCAUUGAUCAGUUCUCUGAAUCUCAAACUUGUGCUUUUAAGUAUUCGCCGACGUGCAACAGCUGGCGUGGUUCAGUGAGCCCCUAAUGCCAUCUAACGAAUAAACUUAAAAAAAUUAUUAGCAAAUAUGAUAUUAAAAACUCAUUGUAUAGUUCCCAAAUGAUAUGCCUAUUGGCCGAUGUAGCUUGUCAGACUAUGUAAGCAGAUGCCAAAGCAUUACGUAAACAUUGAUCCCAUUCAAGGGCUAUUAUCAAAAAUUGUGUGAGGUGUGUGAUUUUGUUGGGUGUAUUUUGUAUUAAAAUAUAAUUUUGUUACAAAUAUUAUCUUUCUAAUUAAAACGGUUUUCAAAUACGCGGCCCAAACCCGCUUAUGUGACCACAAAUAUGAAAGACAGUAAAAAUAAAAGCCUUGACAAAUAUUUUUUUUUAGAAAUUUGAAUAUGUUUUUAAUGUCAAUGUUGAGCCAUUAAUAUCCACGUGUACUCUUCUUUGAAAAAAAUUGAAUAUUGUUAAUGACAUACGCAAAUUUUUUUGUAGUUCGGAAGGGUCAAGCGAUCAAAUAGAUUAUUUAGUUACACAACAAACUAGUUUUACAAAUUUUGUUGUAGAUGAAGUUUAUAUAAAUGACCUUCGUAUGUAUGUAUAACAAUUAUGGCUGUAUAAUUAUAACAAAUUAAAAAAAUAACCGUGAAUUUUUCCACGAAGUUGCCAGAAUUUGAUGUUUCUCAUUUUUGUUUAAAAAAAAAAAACAAUU